AUGUACCAUAACCGGUCGUAUUGUUAUCUUACAACUUGUCAGCUUGGUUUCCAAUUACAAAAGCAAAUCGGUCCGAAACGUGCUAGACGUGGUUAUCGCAUACCGAAACAAGGAACCAUCCAAGCGACUCUAUUCAACCCCCAAGAGACAGUGGUGAAAGUGUUUGUCGUUGCUUAUGACAUGACGGAUAUGCCACCAUCAUCACAGACAUUCAUAAGGCAGAGGAUUUUCCUUGGGAGUGGUGAUGAAGAAGGAAAAACCGACAAGCAUCUCAUCAAUCUCAUUCAUUUUCGGCAAGUUUGA